AUGGCCGCGACGCUGUUGUAUCGGCUGCAGCGCAUUGCGUCGCCCACGUCACGAAUUCAAAGCCCCAUUGCAUUUCAACAGUCACUACACAUCCGUUUGUUAUCAUCUGGGCUCGAAAAUCGCGGCUUUUUGGAUGUGCUUCGAUUCAAAACCAUCCAACCGUUGAAUGGUCAAUUGAAACCCCAGGACUUCCGCUGUAAGGCAGCUUUGGUAGUCAAUACAGCCUCCAAGUGCAGUCAUGCAAGCCAGCUGAAACAACUUCAGACAUUGCACGAAAAGUACAGUGAACAAGGUCUUAUAGUGGUAGCCGUGCCCUCCAAUGACUUUGCGGGUCAAGAGCCUGGAAGUAUUGACGAUAUUCUGAAACGAUACAUGGAAUUUGGCGUCACCUUUGCCAUUGCAGAGAAGACAUCGGUGAAAGGGGACAACGCUCAUCCGUUUUUCAGGAAAAUUGCAGAUAAAUACGGCGCAUCAGUAGCUCCAACGUGGAAUUUUGACAAGUUUCUAGUAGAUCAUAGAGGCGAGAUGAUAGCUGUGUUUCCAAAUGAUACGGAACCAUUGAUAGAUGAGGUCGUCGCAGAGAUUGAAGAAGUAUUGGCGGAUUUGCCACGAGAUUUGACGUUUGGCGAGAAAAUAAUUGAUGGAAACGAGUCUUCUCGACAUGAGAUGAAUGAGGAAGAUGCCGAAGACAAGGAUAAGUGA